AUGGCGUCGCAACUCCUCCCUCUCGAACUCAUCGACAAGUGCGUCGGCUCGCGGAUAUGGGUCGUCAUGAAGGGCGAGCGCGAAUUCAGCGGCACGCUUGUCGGUUUUGACGACUACGUCAGUAAGUAUACUGUGCUAUUCUUGCCAGACAUGGUCCUCGAGGACGUAACAGAAUUUGACUACUCGGGCGAGCAGACGAAGCUGGCUAAGAUCCUGCUAAACGGCAACAACAUAUGCAUGCUGGUUCCCGGUGGCGAGGGCCCGGUAUAA